UGGAGGGAGGAUUGUACCAAAAAGUGCGACUCGAGGAGCAGCUUAUUCAUGCAAAUUCAUGAAAUCAUAGGCGUGCCUUUGGACGAUGGAGUCACGGCCGGAAAAACAAACCCCCUCCUGGAUGAUCAGUGAGCUUCAAAGACUGUGAUGCGCUGAGCUCGGACGCAUUGACGGCGGCACCGGGGCGAAUGUUUGAAGAGCUCAGAGACUAACAAGAGAAAGUUAGGGCUCGUUGUUUUUUCCCUAUACGCUCCUGUUGACUGGCUGCACUUCGUCCUCCUCUCACUGAACCACCAGCACCAGUGACUGCUGCGCCACUGGAUCUCCAAUCGCAGGCGCAUAACUGUUACGCACGGCCACAACUAUCACUAUCUGCCUUGGCUAUUUAAUUCUUUUUUUGUUUCUUAUUUUAUUUUAUUUUCAUUUGUACUUUUGUUUCUUUUGUGUCUUACUGUCGUUUCAAUUCCUGAGGACACCGAUGCGGAUGAAGUUACAGCCGAACUAUAUCAGAGUCCGUGCGUAAAGACGCCACCGCCGAUUCGUUCCCUGUUUUUCGACUUUCCCUGCACCGCCAUGUCCGAGGACGACAGUAGCUCCACCACCAGCUACAUGUCUGACACCGAAGGGAGCAACGUCAGCGUCCUCAGCUGGGAGCAAGUGCAGCGGCUGGACGCCAUCCUGACGGAGACCAUCCCGAUCCACGGCCGCGGAAACUUCCCGACUCUGGAGAUGCAGCCGCGGCAGAUCGUUAAAGUGGUGCGCAGUCGGAUGGAGGAGAAGCAGAUCCACGUCCGGGACGUGCGGUUAAACGGCUCCGCGGCCAGCCACAUCCUGCACGAGGACAGCGGACUGGGCUACAAGGACCUCGACCUCAUAUUCUGCGCAGAUAUGAAAGGAGAAAGUGAUUUCCAGACUGUGAAGGACAUAGUGUUGGACUGUCUCCUGGACUUUUUACCCGACUGUGUGAAUAAAGAGAAAAUAACGCCGUUAACGUUAAAGGAAGCCUAUGUGCAGAAGAUGGUGAAGGUGUGUAACGACUCAGACCGCUGGAGUCUCAUCUCACUCUCCAACAACCGGGGGAAGAACGUGGAGCUGAAGUUUGUGGACUCUCUCCGGCGGCAGUUUGAGUUCAGCGUGGACUCAUUUCAGAUCAAACUGGACUCCCUGCUGCUGUUCUACGAGUGCUCAGAAAACCCCAUGGCUGAGACCUUCCACCCCACCAUCAUGGGAGAGAGCGUAUACGGGGACUUUGUCGAGGCCCUGGACCACCUACGUCACAAGGUCAUCUGCACCCGCAACCCUGAGGAGAUCAGAGGCGGGGGUCUGCUGAAGUACUGUCACCUGCUGGUGAGGGGCUUUCGAGCUGCCUCCGAGUCAGAGAUGAAAUCCCUGCAGCGCUACAUGUGCUCACGGUUCUUCAUUGACUUCCCUGACAUUGGUGAACAGCAGCGAAAGCUGGAGUCAUACCUUCAAAACCACUUUGUGGGCCUGGAGGACCGCAAGUACGACUACCUUAUGACCCUGCAUGGAGUGGUCAACGAGAGUACGGUGUGUCUGAUGGGACAUGAGAGGCGGCAGACUUUAGGGCUGAUAGCCAUGCUGGCAGUGCGAGUGCUUGCCGAGCAGAACUACAUUCCCAACGUGGCUAAUGUCACAUGUUACUAUCAACCCGCUCCUUAUGUGGCAGAUGGCAACUUCAGUAACUACUACAUAGCACAGGUUCAGCCAGUGUUUGCUUGCCAGCAGCCUGCGUACUCCACCUGGCUCCCCUGUAACUGAGACAGCCCAGAGGGAAGGAGGAGGGAGAGAGUGUGCUUUGUUUAAACGGGAUCAAGCGGCAGAGUCGCCGCCUCAAACCUGCCCAGUGUUUGACAGCCGACAGAAAAAGGAUCUCUUCUUUUUAAGGUCAAAGCUUCAAACUUGUGUUUUUGUUUAUAAGCUGCGUAUGAAUGCUGAAUAAAAUCCAGUUGGCUUUCAAUUCCAAGUACGUUUUCCAAUGUGAACAUCUCCUCAACAUCUCCUGAUCCUGCACAGGCCAACUAUAGGUUUUGAGAAAGAUUACUUUGGGUAGAGCUUGGAGGUAAAGGCUGAAUGCAAAUAUGUGACAGUCUCCUAAAUCACUGAGACUGAUCGAAUCUGUCAAGAACUGAUUAGCCAGCACGUUCCAGCAGCAGGGCAAAUGGUGUCCUGAAGUUGACAGCUACUGCAACCCAGCAUUCAGGGGUGUGUUCUCAGUGCCCAACACACACACACACACACACACUCACACACACACACACACACUGGGUGCGAUCACAGGCAUAUGUAGGGCUCCAGCCCAACACCCUGUAGACAAGAGAUGAACUGAGGUGAGAUGCUGCUAAAUUAGUUUGGAUAACAAACGGGCAUCUCCACCUUGCGUUUGGAUAUAAUUAUGGUUGUUUACAGACCAAAGAUUUUUCUUUUUGAUUGUCUCUUAACAUUUAAACCCAAUUUUGAUGGGGUAAAAAAAAAAUAAAACAUAAAAUAUGAAUCUAUGUCUAUUUGUAUAUGUGAAUAUAUAUGUGUGUUUAUAAGUGCCUAUUUGCCAUAUGACUUUUGUGAAUUAGCCCCACUCUAUUUUAAAGUCAGGCACACAGAGACAUCAGCAGCCCAGAGGCUUGUGAAUGUAUACGUGAGCUCAUGCACAGUCACUGUUUGUGUACGUUUGGAUGCAGAUAAGCAGCCAUGCAUCAGUAAAGUCAUGGUCAAACGGUUCACAUAUUUCAUGUGGACAUGUGGAAACUCCAGAUUUUAUCUCCUCUGGGUGAUGCUAAAAUGUCACAAAUUAACAAAUACAGGCAUUGUUAAGCUGCACUUUAUAGAUCAUCAGCAACAGUUUCCCUCUCACACACACACACACACACACAAUAUUUUCUAUGUAUUUUGUACAGCGGUGCUUCUCUUUUUCUCAUUGGAGAAGGAAAAAAUGUUCACAGGUUGAUAGGUAAGAGAGACAGAGAGAGAGAGAGGAAAGGCUGCAUUCAGAGUCUGACAGAGAGCUGCUGUGUGUGCGUUCCUACGCUUCCUCCUGCAGCUGAAGGAUAUUUGCUGAGACACCUCAGAUGACGAUGAGACACUGUUUGCUGUAGCACCCUGGCAGGGAAUUCCUCGGCUGCUGCUGAAGAGCUUGAACUUAGCUGGGGGUUCGGAGCCUGCAGACAAGGGUUCAGACAAUGAAAUGUCGUGCCAAACAUCUCGGUGGCCCCCGCUGAUAGCCCUGAAGUUUAAUGAGCCAUUUGUUUGAGCCAUUUGAUGUGCUGCAGACGAAGACACUGUGUUCAGAGAAGACGAGGAAAAAGAGAAAGGAGAGAGAAAGGAGAGAGAAAGGGAGAUGCAGUGGUUGAAAGGCAGGAGGCAGAGAGGGGGCGUCUGGAGAGAUGGGUGCAGCUGGUGAUGGGGUUUAUCUCUCGAGGGCUACCAUGCUUUACUGUACAAACUGUCUCUGGUCAGGUUGCAAGUUAAUGCUCAUGUGCUGCAGCUCGUCCCUUUUUCCAGAGUUUGGAUCAUCUGUGGUCAAAAAGGAGUGAAUAAAACUGUGUUCACACCAGGUUCAACACACUUAAAGUUGCAACUCAUAUUUCAUUUGUAAUGUUGCUUUGAUGAUGCCUAUUAAUGUUUUUAUGCUUCAAUCCACACCCAUUUUAAAGAACUGUAUAUAUAUGUAUAUGAUUACAUGCCACAGCUUUGCCAACACACUUAAUCUUUUGAAAACUAUACUGCAGCCUUCCCUUAAGGUGAUUUUUCAGCAUAAAGACUAAGGCUAGGCCGGACAACCAGGAUCGACACAAAGAGAAAUUCUCUCUCUGAAGAAAAAAAAACCAUUUCUUUUCUUGUCCUCUGUCUCGCAUAAUUCAGGUAAUCCAUAUCUGCUCUGUCCAGUUGUUUCCUCCUCUCAGUGACUGUCCAUGUCGACGGUAUCCUCCGGAUUGUGCAGGCAAUGUAUUGUCAUUUGAUACUCGGUGAACAGCCGACUAGCUAGCUAUAGCUCUGUCAAAUAGUGAUUGUGCCUCUCGGUUAGAGAUUGUGGAUUACUGCUUCGUCUUGUACAUGUUGUCUCAGUUAUCCAUUUUUGUUCAUGCAGUCUUUUACAAAUCACACUUUGAAAAAAAAAGAAAUCGAUUUUUGUCUUGUAUGUAUAUUUUUUAUGAUUGUUAUUUUUAUAAAUGUAUCAGACACUGCAGAUGUCGCAGUGCUUUGGAAUCUGUGAUCAGGCUUCAGAGGAUAUGUUUUCUAUAGCUUUUUUGCUAUAUUAUGUCAAAAGAUUAA